GCCGCUGGCAGACAUGGCUUUGCUCCUGCUCCUCGUCCUGCUGGCCCUGGGCUGGCCCGUGCAUGGCACAUGGGACAACUGUGGGACCUGUGGGCUCCGACCCAUGGCUUCUUUCUACGGCAAGUGGCGCGUCGUGGGUGGCACCAAUGCACGGCCGGGGGCCUGGCCCUGGAUCGUCAGCAUCCAGGAUCCCUGGACAAUAGGCUCAGGGCACAUAUGUGGAGGGUCCCUCAUCACCCCACAGUGGGUCAUCACAGCAGCCCACUGCUUCAUCAACGCCAGCUACAUCUCCACGUGGCGCGUGGUGAUCGGGGCCAACCGCUUGUCUCGGCUGGGCCCUGAGGUCCAAGUGCGCCACAUCAGGCAGCUCCUGAUCCACGAGCACUAUAACGAACCCACGCAUUGGAACGACAUCGCCCUGCUGGAGCUGGACCAGCCCGUCCAGUGCAGCUCCUACAUACAGCUGGCCUGUGUGCCUGAUAUCUCGCUGAGAGUGCAAGAGCUGAAAAACUGCUACGUCAGUGGCUGGGGUGCCACCACUGCCAGAUCAGCCUCUGUAAACGAGAGUGAUGUCCUGCAGGAGGCCAGGGUGCACCUCAUUGAUACCGGCAUCUGUAACAGUAGCUGGUGGUACAGAGGGGAAAUCCACCACCACAACCUGUGUGCUGGCUACGAACGGGGUGUCAUCGACACCUGCCAGGGUGACAGUGGUGGCCCUCUGGUCUGCAAAGAUAACUAUCGUGACUACUUCUGGCUGGUUGGAUUGACCAGCUGGGGGAGAGGAUGUGCAAGAGCAAGACAGCCUGGGGUUUACGUCUCCACACAGCACUUCUACAACUGGAUCCUGGUGCAGCUGGGACUGCGUGCAGCAGGGAGGGCUGCUGAAUGA